GUAUUUUCACCGCACACACAUAACGUCCACACGACCUGACUGGAUCGGACCUCUUUAUAUAAUCCACAUGAUUAUUCUACUCUCUCACAACUAGGUCAUUCUUCAGUCAACGGUCGAUGCAUUCAUGCUUAUUGUCCAGUUGUUGUUGGUUGUACGUCCUUGCAAUGUGUGUGUUUGAGGUAGGGUAUAAACGAGUUGUUAGCUUGCGUUCUCACCACACUACAGAGGGUUCCCCGGUCCAUGCUUCUUUCUCCACGCUCAGUCAAAGCCGGAGGUGGAACUAUACCUCUACUUACGUUUGAUAUCGAAGGUAUGAAAGUGUGAGUUGUACCCUGCUGGUGAUAUCUAAAACCUUUAAAGAAAAUAAAUAAUAAAGAAAUUUGCAUAACAAUGGGCGACGAUACAGCAAAGACUGGAAAGGGUGAUGUCAUAGAUCACAUGACAUCUUUCCCAUUGGACAACGCUGGUCUGGCGGACAUUCGGACUGACGAAGAUGUUCAGAUGAAGCCAGGAGAUGGAACGCACAUUACGUAUCGAAAGGGGAAAGGAAUGAAAAAAUACAAGAAGAGUUUGAAGAAGUUGGUGCCGUUCAGACCAAAACCAAAGAAAGAGCCCUUUGUUCCUCUGGACCACAGCGGACUAUUCUCGUUUCUAACUCUCUCCUGGAUGACGCCAAUCUUUAAGAAAGCUGUCAAGAGACCACUUGAGUUGGUAGAUUUCUUUACGAUGUCUGAGAACGAUAGUGGGGAUCUAAACGGUCAGAGAUUUCAAGCAUUAUGGGAAGAGGAAUUGAAGAAAAAUGGCAAAGAGAAAGCAUCGUUGAAGAAAGUUUGUCUUCGAUUUGUUCGGACUCGUCAUCUAAUGAGCCUGUGUUUCCUCCUUAUGUCCGUCUCUUGUAUCUUCGUCACCACAGCAGUAUUAGUCCAGCGGCUCCUAGAGUACACCGAAGCUGAGGAACAGAAUGUUGGAUAUGGAUUAGCCAUUGUCUUCUCAAUCUUAGCGCUAAACUUCAUACGUAUUUUCUGCGAUGUUACGUACUGGACUACAAGCUUUCGUACAGCUACACGUCUCCGUGGUGGAAUUCUCUCCAUGAUGUUUAAGAAGAUUGCCAGGCUACGAAGUCUUCAAGACAGGACAGUUGGCGAGAUAGUGAACAUCUGCACCAAUGACAGUCAGCGCAUCUUUGAUGCCUUAGUGAUUGGUACAAUCCUCAUCUCGUCUUGUUUCUUAUUACUGUCUUGUAUCAUCGCAGUCUCAGUGAUUAUUGGACCAGCUGCCUUGAUUGGAACGCUAGGAACGUUUCUUAUCAUCACACCACUACAGAUGAUCAUGGGAAAGGUCUCGGCCAAGUUUCGUCAGCGAGGGAUUUUAGUCACUGAUGAGAGAGUUCAGAAGAUGAGUGAAGUGCUGACUUUCGUCAAACUUAUCAAGAUGUAUGCUUGGGAGGAACCGUUCGCUAAGAAAGUUGCAGCUAUUCGAGCCAAGGAACGUCGUCUUCUGGAGACAGUUGCAUACAUGAUUAGUUUCAGUCUAUCACUCGUUCCGUUGGUACCAAACGUGGCGACGGUGUUGUCCAUCAUCAUUCAUAUCAGCUUUGGAAACACUCUGACGGCAGCUGAGGCAUUUACUCUUAUAGCUGUUUUGAAUACAUUAAGAGCUGUUCUUGGUCCGACUCCGUUUGCUGUUCGUCUUCUGGCAGAGUCAUCUAUCGCACUGAGAAGGAUAAAAAGUGUCUUAGACAUGGAAGACAUUGCCCCACUUCAACAAAUGGCACCAAACGACAAAUACAGUGUCGUCAUUGAAGGCGCCACCUUUGCCUGGGAUAAGCUGAAGUCUCUUAAUGCUGAUAAUGACGAGAUUGAAGAUGAAGAAAUUGAUGAGAAAGAGGUUGCAAAUGGAAUGGAUGUAGAUGCAGUCUCAGUCUCAGUUGAUGAUGCAAAACCUGGGAAUGGUGUCUCAAAAGAUGGUCCUAGUGUCACGUCAGUAUCGAGCGCUAGAGAGGACAGCGCUGAAUUUGAAGACAUUCCGCUGACCGGAAAUGGAAACUCAAACAACAAUGCUGAUUCCUCACAGAGUAAUGGAAAAGCAGCUGCAACCCGGAAGGGGUCAAGGGUGAAUGCAAAUGGUGACGUCGUCAAUGUUGAUGAUUCAAAGAUCGAGACGCUCUUUAAUAUCGACCUCACUCUUGAAAAGGGUAAACUGACUGGAGUGUGUGGUGCAGUAGGUAGUGGCAAAACCUCAAUCAUCUCAGCUAUCCUCGGACAAAUGCACACCAUGCAAGGCUCGUGUUUAGUCUCCGGCUCAUUUGCAUACGCUGCUCAAGAGCCGUGGAUAUUCAACGCAACACUCCAAGAAAAUAUUCUAUUUGGCGAGGAGAUGGAUGAAGAGCGCUAUGAGAAAGCUAUCUAUGCUUGUUGCUUGACGCAAGACUUGGAAAUACUGACGGAUGGUGAUAUGACUGAGAUUGGUGAGCGAGGAAUCAACUUGAGCGGUGGUCAGAAGCAGCGUGUGAGUCUGGCGAGGGCAGUAUACGCCGAUCGUGAUGUCUACUUACUCGAUGACCCUCUGAGCGCGGUCGACUCUCACGUUGGAUUGCAUAUCUUCAAUGAGUGCAUCAAGGGCGCCCUCAAUGGAAAAACAAUUUUUUUUGUCACUCAUCAACUUCAGUAUCUCAAAGACUGCGACAUUAUCUUGACCAUGAGCCAAGGUAGCAUCAAGGAGAGAGGUACCCAUGAGGAGUUGAUGGUCGAUGGGACGGAGUACAGUCGUCUCAUCCAGAAGCAUCAUGCUAAGGCAGAGACUGAAGACAAUAACAAUACUGACGAUCUCGAAGGAGACGGUGAAGCCGGAUCCAAGUUUCAGAGAAGUCUCAGCACAAUGUCUUCAAGGAGUAACGCUAGUACUGCAUCUCAGACGUCAGAGGACAGGGUAGAGGAUGGCAAAUUAGUAGAAGCUGAAGAUCGAUCAGCAGGUACCGUUGGUUGGGUGACGUAUAAAGGAUACGCUAAAGCUGCAGGUGGGUACGCCAUGGUGUUUCUAGCUUUCUUGACGUACAUUCUUGUCAUCGGGGGUCUGAACUUCAACAAUUGGUGGCUGUCGUUCUGGCUGAAUCAAGGAAAUGGAACAGAGAUAGAAGUAAACUCCACAGACCCUAACGAGCCCCCAACAACGAUUCUAAUAGGAAGUAUAUCGGACAAUCCUCAGCUGAACUUCUACAUGUUAAUCUAUGGUGUCACUCUUAUUGGUACACUUGUAUUUGGUGCCUUAAAAAGUGGAGUUCUCAUGAAGAUUCUUUUGAAGGCUUCAUCAACGAUGCACGACACUGUCUUCAUCAAGGUGUUCCAAAGCCCCAUGAGUUUCUUUGACACUACCCCGACAGGACGGAUCCUUAAUCGAUUCUCUAAGGAUUUAGAUGAAGUCGAUGUUCAACUUCCGACUAACUUGGAGCUGUUUACGCAGAACACUUUCCUCAUCUUGUUUGCUCUGAUCACAAUCUGCAUCAUCUUCCCUUGGUUCUUGAUCGCCAUGGUUCCAAUAGCUUUCUUCUUCGGAGUCAUCUUGUAUUAUUACCGCCAAGGGGUGCGUGACAUUAAACGAAUCGAGAACAUAACUCGGUCACCGUGGUUCUCACAUAUCAUGGCCACGGUACAGGGUCUUAACACCAUACAUGCUUACGACAAGACGGAACAAUUCAUCAACAAAUACAUCCAUCUUCUAGACACCAACGCUCAUCCUUACUUGACGUUCCGUGUAGCCUCUCGUUGGGCUGGUCAGCGGCUAGAGUUACUGGUCAUCACAGCCUCGUUGUUGACCAAUCUAUUUGUGGUCUUCUCUUAUGGUAUUGUUUCACCUGCUCUAGCUGGACUGGCUGUGUCCUAUACUAUACAGAUUACAGGAUUGCUUCAGAUUACAGUCUUAAUGGCUUCAGAAACCGAGGCAAGAUUUACAUCAGUGGAACGAAUUCUCAGCUAUACAAGGGUUCUGAAAUCCGAAGCCCCGGCUCAUAUCAAAGAAACCAAACCAGACGAUGACUGGCCGCAGCAAGGAACCAUCGAAUUCAAGAAGUAUAAGAUGCGUUACCGUGACAACCUACCGUUGGUAAUCAAGGGGAUUGAUUGUCAUGUACGACCCAAAGAGAAAAUCGGCAUUGUGGGAAGAACUGGCUCUGGUAAAUCGUCUCUCGGUGUGGCUCUAUUCCGAUUGGUCGAGGCAGCAGCAGGUGAAAUCUUUAUUGACGGUGUGAAUAUAGCGACAAUCGGACUGAAAGAUCUACGCACCAAGCUUUCCAUUAUUCCUCAAGAUCCAGUACUAUUUAAAGGAACAGUCAGGUAUAAUCUGGACCCAUUUGAAGAAUACGAUGAUGCAAAAAUCUGGGAAUCAUUGGAAAGAACCUACAUGAAGGAAAAGAUAAGUGCCUUGGAUAAUCAGUUAGAAGCCUUGGUGGUAGAAGGAGGCGAUAACUUCUCAGUUGGUGAGAGACAAUUGAUGUGUAUGGCUAGAGCACUACUCAGGAAUAGCAAGAUAUUGAUGUUAGACGAAGCUACGGCAGCCAUUGAUACAGACACAGACAGUUUGAUCCAAACUACAAUCAGAGAGUCCUUCAGUGAAUGUACGAUGUUAACCAUUGCACAUAGACUCAAUACCAUUCUAGACUCUGAUAGAGUAUUAGUUAUGGAUAAUGGAAAGAUUGCCGAGUUUGAUAAACCUUCAGCUCUCCUGUCCAAUCCCGAUUCUAAGUUUAGUAAGAUGGUCGAGGCAGCCGAGUCGCAGAAACAUGAUAUUCCUGUCGAGUUGUAAAAGUAGUUUAUUUAAUUUGUAUGUGAUUGAACGUCUGACUGCCUUUUUUGUACAUUCUCAGUACUAGUGUGUUAUUCAUGUAAUCAUAACAACAGUGAUGGUCAUAGAACGGGUAAUUGAAGGAAAUAGAAAAAAAUCACACACAAAGUUAAAGGUGCUGAGUGAAUUUUCUUUGAUCAACCACAUGUCUUUGUAAAAAAUUUCCUUUAACAAAGGGCCCAUUGCAAAAAGGAGGUUUAAUGGCAAAUAUGUAAGCAAUUUUGAAUCUUUAAGGACUUGCCUUGAAGUUAGUUUUUGAGAUAUAAAAUGUUUGACAACUUUUUCAAGUUUUUUAAACAACAGGGCAUUGUCAGACGAUAUUAUUUUGCAGGGUGCUAACUACUAGGGUGGCCAUCUUGACUAUAGGGAAGCUUUCGAAUAUAAAAAAUUACACAAUUAUUGUAGGUGUUUAAAAAAAAUUAUGACCCUGUUUUAACCAGUGAAACGCGCUCAGGGUGGAGUGUCUUGAAACUCAGGAAAAACUUCAUAUAUACAUUCAACCCUCGUCAUUAAGAGCAAUAAUAAAGAGGAACAUGUACAGGCUUUGCUUGUAAAGAGUA